GCAGCUCGGGGAAGGAUGCGAAAUGUCCGGUAACAUGCCUGAGAGAACGUCUCGGAAAUAAGGAUAAAACCGCAGGAAAGGAGUGUCGUUAAAAACACCGGCAAAAAGAUUAACGGCCGUCCUAGGAAAUCGGGACCGUGCCGGAGCGGCUAAGCUCACGCUAUGAAUUGAUCCGCGUGCGUAGGUUAGAUAAUGAGCCUACGAUGACGCAAUAAUUCAGGGCCACCUGUGCCGUAGUGUGCGAGCCGCUUGACCGACGAGCUGAGGUACAAAAGAAGGCUUGCGACUUGUCGGCAAAUUGAUAAAUCGUGCAAGUCACUUCGGUCCCGUCCACGGUACUACUCUACUCUCGAGGCACGGCACGAGUGGCGACGUUCGCCAUUCGCUCGCGUUCGCUUAAAGUUCGCGUUACUUCCGCGAUUUUUCCACCCGGGUACGGCUCGUCCCUUAGACCGAGGAAAAUGCUGUCGCAUAAUUUAUUGAUCGGCACGGGAAACAUACUCGCCUUCAACGAGUUGAAGAAAGAGGCAGGACUCAAUCCGAGAGAUGAGCUGAUCGAAGCAUUGAAGAUUACUCUGCAAAAUUCGGAGUGUAAGGAGGAUGCUUCGAUUGUGGUGAAUGGGAAAGAAGAAACUAAUGAAGAAGAAGUUGGAAGGAGGAACCUUAAAAUCAUAAUUAAGGUUUUUAUCUCCUCGCCAAAAGCUGAUUCGUUAAAAGAAGCAUUAGAUCAAGUAUUUAAAGCCUUACACACGGACACAAUAGAGUCUUUAGUCAUAGCAUACGGUAAAACGGAAAGUGACGAGGAUUUAUUAACAUCUCUAAAGUCUUUGUGGACAGUAAUUGAAGAAUACUGCAGAAUGGGUAAAUUGUCAAGCGUUGGAGUUAGCAACGUCAGCACAGAUGUGUUCUAUCAACUGUUUGAAUGGGCAAAUGUAAAACCGAACAUUAUUCAAAUAAAUUUGACAACCUCUUGCGUUGUUCCCCACGGUUUGCAAGUUUUCACCAAAGAGAAUGACGUACAGUUGCUUACCCACAAUGAUCCAUGCCAGAUCUUACCAAAGGAAGCGUUGAACGAAGUCUUUGGUUCUGAUGUCAACUUGCAUUGGGUCGCUCGUUACCAUAUUCACUUAAAGUGCAGAGGUGUUCUUGCUUCGAAAGGGUAUUUGGUAUACAUUAACAAACCCAGUGUAACGCCUACCUGACUGUCCAUUUUUGUAUAAAUAUAUACAUUAAUGGUAACCAUACUCUAUUCCAACGCAGAAUCAUAAGCGAUUUGGCACGUGUAUACUUACCAUUGAACAUUUUGGAAAUGCAUGACGGUCGAUUCGCAAUAGACUUGGAUGCAGUGCAUUAACUUUGACCAUUGUUGAUUAACUUUGCAAGAGAAAAAAUUCUCAAUUAUAUACACAUAACAGUGUUAGAGAUUGUUAUAUGUAAAUUAAUUGUAACGAGUACCUGAACAUGGACAAAUCAAUUAAUGAACAAGUCCACAAUUGUAACAUUGCAAUAAAAGUUUAGAUAAAUUGGAA